UCAAUACGCAGAGUUGUCAGAAGAUUUGUCAGAAGAUUUGUCAAAAGUUAUUAUAUUCAAUGAAUACGCGUGAUUCAAUGAUUAAAAUCAACGAUAAGCCAGUGUUCGCGAACACGUUUAUCGAGCGAUUGCUAAAUACAGAUUUCUUUAUUUAAACUAUAUUUUGUGAUAAACCAGAGUAUAACCUGUGUGUAUGAUUAUAAUUACUUGUAUUAAUUAAAAUAUUCGCUACUCCGUUCUCAUUGUCGUGACAAUUUGGGCGACUGAAUGAUACUAUCGCAGUACUAUGAAGUUACACAAUGGAGCUUUCCGAAUCGCGAAAUCUUGUUAAGGAUUUAGAUUUAACCCUUCAACCGCGAAUCGCCCCGCGGUAUAAAAUCUGGCUUCCCCUCGCGACACAACAGUUGCGGCUCAGAAGUUUAGUACAAAUAAUAGGCCAUAAUCUAAAAGCUAAUACAAAUGGAGAAGUGUGUUGGUUUUACUACACAUUACACAGAUCAAGCAUGUCGUCCCCCUUGUAUACAAGUGAGACGAUUGACAAUGCAAAUCCAAGAUGGUCAACUCUGGAAGUACCUACUUUGCAUGCCACAGGUUAUUCAACAGCCAGUGAAAUUAUUCUAAGAGUCUGGAAGCGUUCAACACCAGGUGAUGCUAAAACUGAUGUAACUCUCUUCACAUGGGGAAUAUCAUUCACUGGUUUGGCAUAUAUUGGCCCUAAGCUCCCAACUAACCUGGAAACUGUUCUUAAAGAAAACUCUUUAAUAUUCCACUUUCAUGGCGGCUACUUCACUCCUGUGUGCUGCUUCGUAACAAAUCCAGAUUUGAAACGAUAUCUUUACAUGAACAUAAAUGUGUCUGAAGCAAAGAAUAGUUAUACUGUGAAUAAGCUUAGCAGUCUAAGAAGCAAAAUGCAGGCACUAAAACAACAGACAGAAUCGGUACAAGCACUCAGAGUACGCAUUGCUUCGGGCAAUGAUUUUCACACUCCUAAGUAUCCACAAACAAUGUUGAACAGAUUGUUGCAACCACGAAGGGUAAACAGGGAGAAGAAGAUGGAGAUUGCGAAAAUACGUGAAGAGUUAGAAAUGGCCAAAUUUCGAACAAAGUUGUUAGAACAAGAAAGAGCGCGAAAAAUGGGAGAAAUUCGUGUACUGAAUCAAUUGCAUAGCAAUAUCGUAGAAGAGAAUAUAGAUCACAGUUCUGAUUUGUUGUUAAGAUACAAAGAGCUAGAUAAGGACGUAGAAAGACUGAACGAAUGGCGACAGAAUCACGUAGACACAAGGGAAACGUACUUGCAAAUGAGCAACCAACUUGCACAGAGGCGACGACAGCUGAUCUCAGAAUUGAGUUUAAUAUAUUCUAUUAGACAGGAUAGUGCUGGAAAGUUCAGAAUAAACGAUGUUUAUCUGCCAGACAGUGAAGAGUUAGAAUUAUCAAAUGAUACGCAAGUGGCUGUGGCGUUAGGUUUCGUUGCACACACGACGCAAAUGAUUGCGAAUUUUCUGAAUGUACCGACUAGAUAUCCCAUCAUACAAUACGGCUCACGCAGUAAAGUUAUAGAUCACAUCACAGAAAGCUUGCCCGACAACGACAGACAGUUUCCACUGUUCGCUCGAAGCAAGGACAAGUUGCAAUUCCAUUACGCCGUAUACCUGUUGAACAAAAAUAUAGCACAACUUCGGUGGUAUUGCGGCCUUCCAACUACCGAUUUAAGAGCAACGCUGCCAAAUCUCGCUACGCUGAUUAACAUUAAACCCAAUCAAUCAUAUUUGGACGAUUCAAAACGAACAUUUUCUACCUCAUCUUUGGAUACCGACGGCAAGCAGAAUCCACCUCUCACACCACCAUUGCAGAAGAUUAUUUUCGAGAAAUGCCAUCGCUCCUCUCGAUCAAUGAGUCAAUUAAAGAGUAUAAAGUCGACACUCGGAUCUUCCUUGGAUCAAGGUCUAGACAAACCUGUGCAAUCAUCCUGUGCGUUAGGCAGACAGUCGAAGCGUAUUUGCAAAUCAGAGGAGAGUGCCAUUGACAAUAAAACCUUGGUACUGGCUAAGGACAGAUCGAGCAAUAGUAGUAACGAGACAUUAAAUAGUGCCAUUCUGAAUAAUAUCGACGAUUUAACUCUUAAAGAUAAUUUUGUCGAGAUUAGCGAUAAGGUUAUUAUUGAAAGUAACAUCGAGAUCAUGAUACCAACAUCGGUUUGUAAAGCGAGGAAUGUCCCGGACAGUUUGGAAAGUUCCGUGAGUGCUCGCGACAGGAGUUCGAAUUCUAUAAGCAGCUGCGAGAUGGCCCUGGGCAGUAGCCAAAACGACGUAGAUGAGAGUACGAAUGGUAGUUAUAUCGCUCGAAGAGAGGAAACCGACGAUAAUGUGUUCUCGAUGGAUGACACUUUAAGAAACGUCAAAGACGCGAUAGACAGCGCAUUGAAGAACAGCGAGUACGGCAAAGGCCAUUAUUCCGGAAACGAUAUCUCACAGAAUUACGACACGAGUAGUACAACUGUCAGCGAACAAAAUAGUAGUAGUAUUCACGAACAAAGCCCGCUUAUGGAAACUGCCAUUUAUAGCAGAGAACAUUUCGCUAAAUCGUGCUUAUCUCUGGACGAUGUGUGUACUUAUGAUGAAUCCGAGGGGAAGCAAAGAACGAAGUCCAUUUGCAGUUAUCCGGAAGAGUGUACAAAGGAUAUCGUGUCGCAAUCGAAGUACAGUCCUGAAUCUAAAGUAGAGCAAUCGGAUUAUCCUCAACAUGUUGAGAAAUGGUCUCCGAAUAUUGUAAGAAACGAGCCAAUGGUGGACACGAGAUCAAUUUUAAGCGUAUCAAAGUCAGAUUGCUAUUCCUACGAUGAAGCGAAAUCGCAGUGUGACAUACAAACAUCGAGCGAGUACAUAGACAUUAUUAGGCGUAGCUCGGAAAACGUGUGUGCGCGUACCGAAGCUUUAGCCAACAAGAAAACUAGUUUCAAAGUAAUGAAACCACGUCUCUAAUACCUGCCUACAUCAUAAAACUGUGCCCUAAUGAUACGUAUAAGCACCAAAGGUUUUAAAGAGUUAAAAAAGAAGAUGAAAUGUUCAGUAUAUAUAUCUCAAAGUUACGCAGCAUUGCUUACGUAUAUCGGUAACAUGAUAAAAAGUUUUAUUCAAGGUUAAUUUUAAUUAGAGAAUUGUUACAAAAAUAUUUAUAUCUUUUAUUUAAUCGGUAUAAUGAAAUGACGUUUAUUAUAAACGUUGUUGUAAGCUUUACAGCAAAUUAUGGAGCCAAUUAUGAUGCGAUUAUCUUGUGAUAAAAGUUAUGUAAAUCUAUUGUUCUUCAAACGAACUUUUUUCUCUUUUUCCCGUGUUUGCGCAAACAACACUGAAAAAUAUCAUUGAUAUACAACAAAGGGAUAUUACUGGAUAGAACGAUGCAUAUGUAGAACUGAUAGUUCCUCUAUGACUGCGUAUCUUUGUACAUGUGAUACAAAUGCGAGGACAUUAUUAUUAUUUUACACAUUCGUACUGUGUGCACUUUAAUGAAACUUUAGUUGAAAGUAAUCGUAGUCGAUAAUAAUAUCAGGUCGUUUUUUUAGUUUGAUAGUAAGAUGUAUAUAUGUUUAUUCAUACGUUCUAUUAAGUUACGAUUCUAUUGUAAUAUACACAAAGUUCAUACUGUUACUAUCUCUGUACGAAAAAAAGCAUUUUUAUUAAAUUGAGGUAAUAUAUAAUACACCGUAAA